UAAUUAUGAGAAACACUCGGUCUUCCUUUUUAAAUUUCGGGGUAAAAUUUACGUUUUUCCCUUUUUUGAACUUUUGCUUUUGAACUUGUUUUUUUUUCGUUGUUAGCUCCCUUUGGGCCCAUAAAUUAGGGUCGCAUUCUGCUUAACCAGAAUAUUUGCAUAAAAUGGGAAAAAGGGCGAGAAAUGGUUUAAAUACGCGAAUCACACGGCUGAGAUAUCCGACACAUGAAAAAGGAGGCCAAUAAAAAAUGUUAACAGGCUUUGAUGGGUGGAGAUAAACCAGACAUUAAAGACCCUUUUUUUUUUGGCAGAUACGAAAACGUGAAAAUUAGAACAGCCAAAAUUUCAAGGUUCAUAAAGCUUGAGUUCCGAAACUUUUGAAUAAGCCCAAAUUCAAUUAAAAUUCAAUCAAUCAACAAAAGCCACCACAGAACAGGAACAAAGGACAAGAUACGAGAAAAAGACAGCUGAAUCCCGGCAUCCUGCAAUCCUGGCUGGGCAGCAAUCGGCUAAUGAAGAUGAAGUGAAAUUGUGUUCGAGCCGAAAUUAAAUAGAAUAUAAAUCGCCGGAAAAAUGGCGGCGAUUUGUCAGCCUCUGUCGAGCAGAACAAAUGCAAAGUAGUUUACAGAACUAACGGAAGGAUAACUACGAAAAGGCCACAUCCUAGCGGGAAAUUCAAAAGUGGAUUUUCCUACAUUUCUUUCUUGUUUUUUUUUGGCUUGCUGUUGUUGUUGCGGCAAUUUCACGCAUCGCGGCGGAAUGAUGAUGACGGCAGGCGCUAAUCAGGCCGCCCCCAGCCACGCCCCCCAGUUAUUCCGCAAACACAUUUUCAAAUAGGUUUCCCAAGGCGAAAGAGGAAAGGAAGGACAUAAGGCGGAAAGAAGGGAAAAGCCAAGUGGAGCGCAGGGGGUGGCACCGCGCUCACAAGUGAAAUAUUAUGGCAACUUUUCAAAUGGAAAUGCGCCAGCAGCAGCAGCAACGAACGAAUUUAAGGCAACGACCAGUGGCAGCAGCAGCAGGAGUGGCAGUAGCAACAUCCAAAGCCAGGCGACAACGACAACAUCCAGAGCUGGCGUCCUCUGACCCACCGCAUUUCGGCACGGAUUGCACAAGACUUGGCCCAGCCAGCUGCCAAUCCACCGCCGACAGGGACGCCGGCAACCCACUCACCUGCAACACCAGCAACAGAAGCAGCAACAUCGGCAACAUCGGCGGUCCCAGCUGCAACAUCAUCCGCCACGUGGACCGCUGCAGCCGCCAAAGAGCGCUGAUAAUGCUCAGCAUGCUCGUCGUUGUCAUCGCUCUGAUAUCCGGCAAUGGAGCUUCCGCCGCCCAGCGUGACUCGUACAAAUCGAAGGACGUGAGCAGCAGCAACAACGCGCUGCCCAACGAAGGAGUGGGAGGAUCAUCGGCGGCAGGAGCGACCGAGGCAGCUGGCCACACUGGUGGUGUUGCCGGAAGCGGAAGCGGCAACAAUAGCAGCGGAAAUGGCAAAAAUGCCCAGCCAGCUGGCGGAUCAGUUGUGACCUCCGAAUCCGGUGCGUUGACAACCGAUGCCAGUCGCAGUUCCACCGUAGGAGGAGUGGGAGGAGGAGGCUCCACCACCGUCACCGGGAUUCCCAGCAGCAGUCUGCACAAGGCCAGCAGCUCCGCCGGCGGCAACUCGUUCUCGGCCCAGAUGCCAUCCGGCUUCCAUCGCAACAGCAUCGACCUGCUCGAGGAAGCCCGCAAUGCGGGUCCCUACUUCGACAAGGCCUUCUCGAAGAACGUCACCGCGCUGCUGGGCAAGACGGCCUACUUGAACUGCCGCGUCAAGAACCUUGGCAAUAAGACGAUGUUGCUUCAGGUGUCGUGGGUGCGACAUCGGGAUAUACAUUUGCUAACAGUUGGCCGAUACACAUACACCUCGGAUCAGCGCUUUCGAGCCAUUCAUCAGCCGCAAACCGAAGACUGGAUGCUGCAAAUCAAGUACCCGCAACAUCGCGAUUCCGGCAUUUACGAGUGCCAGGUUUCGACCACGCCCCACAUGAGUCACUACAUUCACCUGAAUGUCGUUGAACCUUCAACGGAAAUCAUCGGGGCACCCGAUUUGUAUAUAGAAAGUGGUUCCACUAUAAAUCUUACCUGUAUCAUACAAAACUCACCAGAGCCGCCAGCCUAUAUCUUCUGGAAUCAUAAUAAUGCUUUUCCUUCUCAUCCGCAGAUUAUCAACUACGAUUCGCCGCGCGGAGGAGUUUCGGUGGUCACCAAUAAGGGAGAUACAACCACCUCCUUCCUCCUCAUUAAAUCGGCGCGUCCAUCGGAUUCGGGGCAUUAUCAGUGUAAUCCAUCAAAUGCGAAGCCCAAGAGCGUCACGGUACAUGUGCUCAAUGGUGUUUCCCAUUCCGUUUCCAGGGGAGUUCCCAGCAGCAAUGCAGCACGCGGCACCAGUGCGUCCUCCUCCCUCGCCCAUUCGCUGUCUGUUUGUGUACCUGUGUGUGUGCUUCUGCAGCUGGGCGCUUGCCGGUGGAUCGCUGCGCUGCUGGGCUCCGCUCUGGCCACGCCCCCGCCCCCGCCCGACCGAGCCGCCCAGCGGGAAGAAGGGGCUGCUGGAUCGCCAGGACAUUCUCAACUUGCAACAGGCAACAUGCGGCACUGCCUCGCAAGCCUUUUAAGCUGGCGAUGGCGAUGGUGUUGGCGAUGGCACUGGAAAAGCUUGUGGCAGCAGAGGAGGACACUUCUGCCACACCGCCUGUCGCAGCAACUGAAACUACAAUCAACAAGGGAGGCGGCAACGAGUAGGCAACUCUUCGAGGCGGACAUUAGGUGAGCUCACCGCCCAACCACCCCCUCAAGGCCACUCUAAACUCAACCGUAAGCUGUAACUAUAAUAACUAUAAAGUAUACAUACGACAUAACUCUAUUGGCUAUUGCGUUUUUCUAUGAAUCAGCGACGUAUACGUAAUAUUUAGCACAAAACUAAAACCAAAAACCGAAACAGAAAACAUAAAACAUAAAGGAUAUUAUGUACUACUUAACUAUAGAGAAAAAUACCGAAAUCAAGCCAAGUUGUCGCCUUUUUUAUGUACGACUUUGUAUCAUACAAUGAAGCUGUCUAAGUCUUUGGUUCUCUUAGAAUUGGAAAUUGUGUAAAUAGGCUGCAUAGCAAACCUAGAGGCGCUUUUUUUCGAUCGACUCUCUCCGACCUUUGUAACUUUUAUAGCCAGAAAUUUAGCAGACAGACUCCUCUUUAGCAAACAGCUAACACUGCAUUAAAAACAAAAAAGGAAAUAGGAAAAUUACAUCAAGGAGGAAAUAUUUUCCAGCAAAUACCAGAACAGGAAACGCUUCUCGACUGCCACUUUGCGACUGUUCCCUCGAAGGCAAAGCGAAAUUCUCAUUUGCAUUUUGCGAAAUCCUAAUAGACAGAUAAAUGUUCAACCGAAAGGCAAUUAGCAAAACGCAAACUAAAAACAUUCAACUUCAAGUACAGGCUAUAGAAAAAAAAAAAAAAAAAGGAAUCCUAGAAGUUAAAGCGAAAAAAAAUGUAUAAAAUAUAAAAGAAACUUAAGCCCAAAGGGGGAAAUUUAGCUACAAGUUAAAGCAAAACAUACAAAAAAACAAAAAACGAAAUGAGAGGAAAAAACAGAACUCGUUGAGGGGAGAAUUUUUCUUUUGGCUGCAUCUGAAUGGUUAGAAAUUAAGUCAUAAAAUAUAUGAAAAGAGAAACCCUCGAAUAAGUUGUUUCGUUUCGUUCUUGUUUAAUGUACAAAUUGAAUAAACGUAAGUAUUACCCAACGUGCAGAGAAAAAGGUUUGAAUUUAGGAUACAAUCGGCAUAGAUGGAAAAUUGUUGCACAUUUUACAAAUUUAUUUGUUGUUACUCAAUGCGAACGAAAAUUAGUCAAGUGUUAAAAACAAAAAACAUUAAAAAAUAUCAAACGAGCUCUGGGUAAGAAGUGUUUUACAUCUAACUACAGUGUUGAAUUUCUAUGAUUAUUCUGACGUGUUACAAGUGUUUUUUCUACCCAUCUUCCAAUGGUUUAUUUUCCAUUUUCCAUUUCCCGUUUUCAUUUUUCCUUUGCCAUUUGAGAACUCAAGGCUUUUGUCUGGCUAAUUUCUGUCAUCACACCAAACUUUUGCCAUAGAGCACAUAGACCUAACGAACUACAUAAAAAACAGAAUAAAUUCAAAUGUUACAGAAAAAAAGAAAAAAACUAUUGAUAGAAGAGAAAAUAAAUGCGAAAAGUUUCAUUAAUCAAGCUAAGCAGUAAGCAUAAAUAAAAAAUAAACAAAGAUAACAGACAAAAACUAUUAAACUACAGCAUGAGUAUUCAGACUAAACCAAGUCCCGACAGGUUUUCCAUAAGCUUUUUCCAAUUACCAUGUAAAAUAUCAGCAAAGCAUAUACACAUUCAAUAUAUAUUCAUAUGAAAUUUCCCGCCAGUAAUUUCUAUUUAAAUUGUGCAGGCAACACAAACGGAAAAAAACGAAUUCAAAUUAGAAUUCCCAUUGUGCUUGAUGAGGCGUUUUAUGGUUAUACGAUAUUUAUUGCAAAAUUACUGUCAACUGUUGAUAUUCGUCAGUCAAAUGCACACCAAAUAUUCUUUUGUGUGUGUUAAAUAUUCAAGGUGUUUCCAUAUCACUCUGCUCAAUAAAAUUCUUUUCAAAUUUCCAAUUUCAUUCGGCAUUUCGAAUUGUGACAAAUUCUUGAAAUACUUUUAGUCUAAGCAAACAGAAUAAUGGAUAAACAUGAAAUGAAAACUAAGAGACCGCAUAAAACUGAAGUAAAUAUUGUAUAUGUAAAUGUGUAUUUAUAAAAUUAUUAUAUAAAGAAAAGCUAUAUAUAUAUAUACAUUAAAAACCUAGUUUAUUACACACACAAAACCGAAAAACUGAAUCAACAAUGUUAUUAAAGCUAAACAAAAACGUAACAUUUGAAAGUAACCUUCAAUUAAAUAUGAGCCACACAAAAAUACGAUAAACCGAAGAGCAAAACGAAAGGGAAACUGGAGUAAAACCGAAAUCUUUUAAAAGUGUAAGAAUUUAAAAUGUGCAAAAAACGAAUGAAUGAAUGAGAGAACUGGAAAUAAAAAGGCGAAACUGAAGAAGUAAACUAAAGCAUAUUAUGUCAACUGUUAAUUGAGUUG